AUGGUAAUGACCACGGUUGUGUCGUGGAGGCCUGGCAAGAAGCAUGGCUGGCUAUGUGUUGAGGAGCCCCUCGAUCAUUUCACGGCAGCUUGGCAUGGAGGACGCGUUUAUGUACACCGAAAAGAUCUCUGUGGAGCAGGCUUGCAGUUAACAGCCAAGUGGCCUGCCACAUUUACGAGGAUUGAGAUUCCGUCUACAAGACCCGCAAGUCCUCGACUAGGAUCUGCCGUGGACUGGAAAGAGGCUCAGGAUCCUAGAAGCCCUGGAAGGUUCUCCGAGGCAUCGACGGAAGCAUCGUUGCAGGAGUCCAUCCCAUCCACGAUGCUGAAUGCGUGA